AUGACUGUAACACCAUCGAAUCAACAACAAAAUGGUCAUCAACAACCACAAGAUCAUCAUGAACAUAUUCAAAUAAAAGAUUCAUUUUUAGUUGGUAAAGCAUUAUUAAAUUUUACUUCAAUAUUUGUAUCAUUAGGUGUAUUUUUAUUUGGUUUUGAACAAGGUUUAAUGUCUUCAUUAAUUACAAAUGAUUAUUUUAAACUGUAUUAUAAUGAUCCAAAACCUGCUGCAAUUGGUAUAAUGAUUUCAAUUUUAGAAAUUGGUGCAUUAUUUUCAAGUUUUAUUGCCGGUAGAGUUGGAGAUUUAGUAGGUAGAAAAAAGACUAUAAGAUAUGGUUCAUUUAUAUUUGUAAUUGGUGCAUUCAUACAAGUCUUAUCACCAAAUAUUGUCAUUUUAAGUGGUGGUAGAUUAAUUGGUGGUAUUGCUAUUGGAUUUUUAACAACGAUCGUACCAAUAUAUCAAUCUGAAAUUAGUCCACCAACUGAUAGAGGAUUUUAUGCAUGUGCUGAAUUUACUGGUAAUAUUAUUGGUUAUGCAGCAAGUAUAUGGGUUGAUUAUGGAUUUUCAUUCUUGGAAAAUAAUUCAAGUUGGAAAAGUCCCUUAUUUGUACAAUUUAUGAUGGGUGUAUUCUUAUGGUUAGGUACUUUUAUUAUAGUUGAAACUCCAAGAUGGUUAUUAAAUCAUGAUCACGAUUUGGAAGGAAUGGUAGUUAUAGCAGAUAUGUACGCAGAUGGAGAUGUUGAAGAUGAUCAUGCCAAAGAAGAAUAUAGAAGUAUUAAAGAAAGUGUAUUGAUUGAUAGAAUAGAAGGUGGUGAAAGAUCAUACCAAUACUUAUUUAAAAGGUAUGCUAAAAGAUUAUCAGUUGCUUGCUUGGGGUUAUUCUUCAGUCAAAUGAAUGGUAUUAAUUUAAUAUCUUAUUAUGCUCCAAUGAUUUUCGAAAGUGCUGGAUGGGUUGGUAGACAAGCUAUAUUCAUGACUGGUAUUAAUUCAAUAAUUUAUGUAAUAAGUACUAUACCACCUUGGUAUUUGGUUGAUUCAUGGGGUAGAAAACCAUUGUUGAUGGUUGGUGCAUUAUUUAUGGGUAUUCCAUUAUACAUAGCAGGUUAUUCCUUGUACCUUGAUGAUAAAUAUACUGCAGCAAUUGUUGUUACAAGUAUCAUAAUUGCUAAUGCAGCAUUUGGAUUUUCAUGGGGUGGAAUUGGUUGGCUUUUACCAUCGGAAAUUUUACCAUUACCAGUUAGAUCAAAAGGAGCAGCUAUUGCAACAGCAACAAAUUGGUUAUCAAAUUUUAUUGUUGGAUUAGCAUCACCAAUAUUAUUAGAUGAAAUUAAAUGGAAAACUUAUUUAAUUCCUGCAACUUCUUGUAUUAUAUCAUUUUUUGCAGUUUGGUAUUUAUUCCCAGAAACUAAAGGGUUAUCUUUGGAAGAAAUGGGAUCAGUUUUUGAUGAUAAAUCUUCCAUAUUUUCAUAUCAUGCUUCAGGUAAUGUGGGAGCAAAUGCUAGUUCUGGUAGUUCAAUAAACAAUUAUGGUGCAACAAGUGAAAGAAGACCCUCACAAUCUGUAGGUAAUAAUGAACCAGAUACGAUUCAAACAGCUGCAUCAAUGGCAAGAAAUCCAGCAACGAUGAGACCAGAAUUAGAUAAUCUAAUAGUUGGAUCAGGUUCAAAUCCAAAUAUAAUACCAAUAACAAGUUCAACAAGUAUAAAACCAGUGAAAUCAGAUGCAGGAUCAAUAGCAUCAUUUGAUAUGAAUAAUGUUGAUGUUGUACAAGAAAUUGAACCACCAACUUUAAAAGAAAUCUUGAAUUAUAAACUAAAAGAACAAAACAAACCUAAUCUUUUACAAAAAUGGUUUCAUAAAUCUGAAAAGAAAUCUAAGAAUAAUGAUGAAGAAAGUAGACUAUUAGAAUAG